AUGUUAGCCCUUGGCGUGAUUGAAGAGUCCGUGGUCUUCUCCUGUCGUGAUUGCAUAUUAAGUAGACUCCCGAAAGCACAGUUCAUUUCGAGCAUUGACCUUAAAGAUGCGUACUGGCAAAUUUCGCUGACCCCAAGGGCCCGUGAGAAGACUGCCUUUACGGUGCCGGGAAGGCCGCUAUAUCAAUUCACGGUGAUGCCUUUUGGUUUAUCCAAUGCACCGCAGACCAUGUCCAAACUUAUGGAUAAAGUCAUCCCGCCUUCGUUGCGAAAUGAGAUCUUCAUUUAUCUCGAUGACUUAUUGGUAAUUUCGGAGUCAUUUGAGAAGCAUAUCUCCGUGUUGAAAGUGCUGGCCAACCGGUUGUCACUAGCUGGACUUACAAUAAAUGUCGAGAAAAGCAAAUUUUGUCUGAAGGAAGUCAAAUAUCUAGGUCAUGUUAUAGGGUAUGGGACGAUACAAACCGAUCCAGAAAAAGUAGAGGCUAUUCGAAAUUUUCCAGUGCCUCGAUCGGUGAAGCAAGUGCGGAGAUUUUUGGGAACCACCGGUAGCCAAAAUAUUGUUCCGGACGCUCUGUCGCGGGUGCAUACGGAAGACUUAUCGGCACUCAGCUGCGAUGGGUUGGUGGAUCUGCAUUCGGCUCACUUCAAGUCAGCAGACUAUUUGGAUCUGAUACGCAAGAUUGAAUCCAAUCAGACUCAGAUGCCAGACAUUAGGAUUAUUGAUAAGUUGAUAUACAGGCGAGCAGAACAUGCCGCUGGGGAGCAAAUCGCGGAUGACUCGUGCUGGAAGCUAUGGAUUCCAAAGGAGUUGGUUUCAGAAGUACUGAAGCAGCAUCACGAACCUGCCUUAUCAGCUCAUAGUGGUAUUAAUAAAACGUUGGAGAAAAUUCGACGAUACUACUAUUGGCCAAAUCUAGCCACGGAUGUGAGAGCGUUCAUAAACGGCUGCUCCAUUUGCAAGUGUACCAAACAUCCCAAUCGUUCACUACGACCUCCAUUAGCUCCAGUAAAGGAAACGCAACGAGUGUUUCAAAAGUUGUUUGUAGACUUCUUGGGUCCAUAUCCCAGAAGUAAAUCGGGACAUAUUGGUAUAUUUGUGGUUUUGGACCAUCUGUCAAAAUAUCCGUUUUUAAAGCCUGUGAAGAAAUUUACAGCAGAUGCAGUCACUCGGUUUAUGGAAGAUGACAUAUUUCAUUGUUUCGGGGUACCCGAAGUAAUUGUAUCUGACAAUGGAGUACAAUUCAAGUCCCACCACUUCAAUGCAUUGUUAAAAAAGUACAACGUGCAACAUUUUUAUACGGCUGUAUACGCACCUCAAGCCAAUGCAUCGGAACGCGUAAACCGAUCCGUGAUUGCUGCCAUUAAAGCCUAUAUCAAGCCAGACCAAUCCAAUUGGGAUGAGCAGCUUAGCCCUAUAUGUUGUGCGCUCCGAUCCAGUGUCCAUUCGGCAGUUAACGACAGCCCCUAUCGUGUUGCAUUUGGGCAACACAUGAUCACCAAUGGAGAUACAUAUCCGCUCUUACGAAAUUUACAGCUAUUAGAAGAUCGCACA